AAGGGACACUCACACGCAUUCGCCAUAGUCGUAGAUUGGCAAAGGGACAACAGGGGGGUUUUAAGCUUUGGGCAGAUAAGAACAUAGCACAAUGCUUUCCAUUCCAGGCCAACACCCGCAGCAACAGCAGCAGCAUCCGCAGCAUCCCCAGCAGCACCAUCCACAGCAGGUGCAUCCACAGCAACACAUGCAGCAACCCGGCUAUCACCCGCAGACACCACAGCGCCACAUCUCUCCAAUGAACGCGCGCGCGACCCCACAAACGCCUCACCAUCACCAAGUCCAAGUGCCCGGCCCUCACCCGCACCAUCCCCAGCCUGGAUACUACACUCCCGGCCCGACGCCGCGCCAACCACCGAUGCCUUCAGGAGCCGCCCCGCCCUCCGCGAAACGAUACAAGCCCAACCCAGCGAAUGCUCCGCACCCGGGGAGUGCUGCUGCCCAGGCUGCCCAGGCCAUCACCAUGAACGCUGUCGGCGGCGAUCCAAACAUGACGAUUGACGAGGAGGAGGACACCUCGCGGGGAGAUAUCCUCGACCAUCUCACGCCGCGCGAGAUCGCCCAGACGCGGUACACGCAGCAUCACGAGUGGAUGGAGGAGAUCAUUGGAUCCGUGUACCCCAUCAACCGGAUCACACCCGUAGAUCUCGGUCUCGGGCUCGUGGGCGAUCUCGAGAGCGUCACCCGCGGGCUUCUGGAUCCGCCGGUGUACCCCACGCCCAAGACACGGAGCAACGACCCAGUCAAGGAGGCGAAAGACCCCAAGGAGCUGCUCGCGAGCCUCAAAGCGAACGCCGUCGACAAGAUCAAGGCGCUGGAAGAGGAGAUGCGCGUCAUGGCCGAAACCCACGAGGCGCGCAUGAACAAGAUCAAAUCGACCGCCACCAUCUUCCGCGACGCCGAGUUUGAACUCCGCGGCGGUCUCGGCCUGGAGAACUACCUCCCAGGCCUGCACGUCCCGCACGCGACCGACGGCGACAGCGAUUCGGAGGACCCGUCCAGCUCGCUCGCACCCGCCGUUGCCGCCGGCACCGGCCGUCCAAUCCCCGACGUCAUCCGCGACGUCGAGGCAAAGACGGGCUGGAAGAUUGUCCCCGCGCAGCCUGUGGUCCGCUACGAACUCCCCGCCGAGGAAAUCAUCAAGAUGGGCGGCGUAGUCGCGCAGGAAAUCCAGCAGCACCAGCACCAUCCGCAGCACCACCCGCAGCAGCACGACACGGUCAUGGACGACGACGACGUGCACGCGCUCGACGACGACGACGCAGCCUUCAAACUCGACAUUCCCACGCCGCACACCAACGACUCUCCCGCUGCCGACGCUGGCCUCGAGAGCGCGGAUAAUACCGCCGGCGGAUUGCUCGAUGAGUUCCAGGCCACCCGCGACGACGAUGAUACGGCCCUCGAUGACGACGACGCUGUCCUCGACGAUACGAUCAUGGCGGACUUCCUCGAUGAUACAUUGAGUAAGCCGACGAGUCCGCACGGAGACCAAACCACCACCACCACCACCACCAUCGCACCGGAGCAGGCUGAGGAACUGUUUGCUAUGUCCCCCGGAACUGCGGGGGCUGGCGAUGGAGGCGGGGUUGCGCAGUAAUGGCCACAGUGAUAUCGAUACCUAGAACUACUCAUUUCCUUUUCCUUUUUCUUGUCCCGUCUGGU